CAACAAUGUCAACUAUAAACAAACUCGGCAUUGUUGUGGAACACAACAAUGCCGAGUAAACAAAUAUAACGCUUCACAACAAAAACUAUCAAGCCAGUCGCAUUAUCACUGCUCCAAAAGCAGCACAUCGUCUGCAACAAAGUUGGAGAGGAAGGAUAUUUUCAAACCGACAAUUGGGAAUGAGAGUUUACAGUGUAAAAUCGUCAUGCUACAUUUCAUUAGACCAGAGACCUUGGAGGACCUUGCUCUGAGGACAAUUGAAGACCAUGUGUCUCAACUUUGUAUGCAUUUGGUGCAAAACAAAGUGCCAGAGAGCAAGAAAGUACAUCAUGCUCAAGAGAGGUGCAGACAACUCAGGUGCAUACUGCACUGUGCAUUGCCAACUGUAAUAGCCAAUAAAAUGACGGCCAAGUUGCUGAAGUGUGUUGAUGGCUUGUAUGAUGAUAUACGUGACUGUAUCAGUGAGACCUGGUGUCAGGAAGUGAUGUAUGAGUUACUGAGUGCCAUUAUCCAUCCAGGCAUAACAAGGCUUGAGUUGGGUGCAGAACCAAUGCAUAGUUUUGACUACAGAUAUGAACUGAACUUCAUAGUGUUCUUCUUGUUCAACAAGUUGUGCACAAUGAACGAUCUUAAAGUAAUACGACUUGGAAAUCAGUAUCGCCACAGAAUCUGGACAAACAGCGUGUAUGUGGCUGAAAGCCUAGAAGAAUUCACUUCUGUGUACAGAUGCAGUGAUGUGUUGCUGGAAGCCAUUGUGGAGUCUUGUAAGCGACUGAAGCGUCUUCAUGUCAGCUGGUCCCCAAACAUCACAGAUGCAAGCGUCUGUGGCAUCUUGAAAUUACGGCACUUGGAAGAACUGAGUGUGAUGGGCAAAAUAUCUCAAAAUGGUCUGACACAAUUAUUAAAUGGGCUAGCUGAGAAUACAGGAUCUGGAGACAAAAAUGCUAGAACAUGCUCUUCACAGUUGUUAAGUUUUGGAUGUUACAACAUUUCAUCCUCACAUAUCAGUCUCUUGGUUGAACAUUUUCCAAAUCUUAUUGAACUCAAACUGCUUUGCAGCAAUGAAUGUGAUUUCACCCCACUGAAAGGAUUGAAACAUCUACGAGGACUAUGGUUGUCAAACAUCAGAUUUACUGGAGUCAGACAGCUUCUUUGCACAAUAGGUAGUCAGCUGGUAUACCUGCAUCUUAUCUAUGCUGAAGCUGUGGAUGUGAAGUUCAUUGGAGAACACUGUCCCUCAUUAAAUUGCCUACAUUUGAUUGCUUAUGAUGAAACUGUUCCUUCAUCAGAAGACUAUGCAUAUCCUUGUCUUCCUGGCUUUGAGUCAGUUGAGUGUCUUCAUCUUAAUUUCUCUGGCACAUCUUGGCCAAAAUUCUUUCUACAUCAAUGUAAAAAUGUGAGGAAACUUGUUGUGUAUUUACGUAACAAUAGCAACUGUGAGAUGUUGGAGAGAGUUCUUCAACAGGCCACUCUAAGUCAUCUGGAGGAAGUCUAUUGGUCUCCAACCUGUCAGUUUGCACAGAAUAUUGCUAACUUACUUAUUGAAAAGUGUCCAAACCUCAGAGUCAUUAGUCCUUUAGAAAGGUAAAGAGUUGUCUGGUGCAGUUUGAUUGGAAGUGAAGAAAAAAGGGAAGGAGAAGUAGAAAUAUACUCGUGGCAUGUGAGUAGGAACUUGGUGGUGAAGAUUUUCUGACUUGUGUCUGAUUCUGUAAUUAUUACUUUAUGAAAUUUGGACAUGGUAGAUGUUGAGCUAGGUUAACUUCUGGAGAUCAGAAUUACAUAUGCCUUUUGCAGACAAUAAGGUUAUGGACAGUUUACCCAACACUGGGUAUAAUUUUACAUGGGUGCUGAGUGGUUCAUGAGACAUGGACCAGAAAAUGGUCAGAACUUGCCUUCAGUUCUAAAAUUGGUACUUCAUGAAAAUCGGUCUGCUGGUUAUAGCUGAAAAUUUUGACCCUUUAAGAAAUUUUUUGGUACAUGCAGUAAGAUAUUUUUUGUUCAUAUCAUGGUGUAUAUUUAUACAUCAGUAGCAAAGAGCAAGGUAGUGGAGUGCUGUUUUGUUCAAGUCUCCUUAAUUGUGUUUGCAGUUUAUAGAGAGACUGUCCCAGCCAAGUUUCUUUUUGUGAUUUUCCUCACUCCCUUCCAGUCAUUGCUGCAAUAGUGUCUUAAAAUAGGCUAUGGCAUUUUACUUCCACAUUGCUUAUUUUUCAUCUUCUCAUGACAUAAGAACUAAGUAAUGUACACAACUGUUACAGUUAAAUAAACUGCAAAUAAACCAACAUUCAUCAGUGCCAUUAUGGAGCUUGGUUCUUUAUGAUGAUGUUGUGUAGCUCACAUAACGUAUAUUCUUCUGUUAAAAUAUCCUGUGCAGUUCUGCCAGCACCAUUUUGAGGCUCUGUAUUUAGACAUUUGUCAAAUUGUUCUUGGGGUCACUUGAAUAUUGUAAUAAUUAUUUUAGUUGUAUGAUUUAGAAUCUCAAUGUUACCAUUAGAAUAAGUUUUAGAGUAUUAAGAUGGUAACUGCAGUAACAUCGGACAGUAUUUUAAAUUUUAUAUGUGAUGGUUCCCAGGUGCUUUAACUGGCAAUUUCACACAGUUAAACCUGAACACAUGAUAUACCUGGAUUAUUAGUGUUCUUAGAUUUUUAUCCUAGUUUGUAAUUGAUUUUAACUACUUUAAAUUUCAGAACACUGCAUUCCAGACGACGGCAUCUUGAUGCUUUAUUUCUUAUUAAUGUAUUUAAGGGUAAAAUAAAUCGCAGUUCCAUUAUGGACACUGUUGGUAUUCGUGUGCCGUCAAGGCAAUUAAGAGAAUUUUCUAUGUUUUGUGUGUGCAGUGUGCUUAGAUAUAGCCCUUCAGCCAGGUGUGUUAUUGCAGCAAAUGAUGUAUGUAAAUUUUUGGAUGUAUAUGGCAUAAAUAUUGUUUCUUUUGAUGGCACUUUCUCAUUAAGAGAAAUGAUCUAGAUAGCAGCCUAGAUUGGAUCUACCUUGGUUAUUUGUUUCAAUUUGAUUAUUGCUUUUAUUUUAUUUUUUGUAUUGUUUUAGUAUUUUUUUAGUGUUUUACAUUUAUAUUAGUGUUUGGUAGUUAUUUGUUUUUGAUGUAAUUUGUAUUUUUUUGUUGUGUUUUUGUUUUAGUGUUUGCAUGUCAUAGGCUCUUUGCUGUUGGCAACCACUCUAAUAAAGAAAUUGAACUGAAUUGAAUUGAACUGAAUAGAAUUGUCAGUGUCUCUACAGUAACUAGUAUUUAAUUUGGUAAAUAUUUGAAAAAUGUUUAGCCCAUUAGUUUUACAGGCUUUGAAUACAAUUAAAUUAUCUGAGCACAUAAGAGAUGGGGAUUUAAUAAAAAAUAAAUAAAUAAAAAAGCAUGCUUGGAGUGAAAUGGCUGUAACUUCUAUAUAUUUUAAUAAACUCUUAUUCACACUCUGUAGAUAGGUCUUGUAUUAUCUGUGGAAUAUGGAAUACACUUUAAUAAUCAAUUUAGUGUCGUGAUCGUUGAAGCAGUAAAAACAGAAGUUACAUUUCCUUGAAGCACAAUAUAAUUGUAUACAUUUUUUUUAAAUCCCACACAAUGAUGAUCUUUGUUUGAACUAGGACAACCCCCAAUAAUGAUUUUAUGAAUGCUUAUGCAUAAGUAGGGAUUUGGUUAAUAUUUCUUUCACAGGUACUAUAUUGAACAAUGGCUCACAUUUCCAGAAUGCUAUUUGUGGCUCUGCUAUACCUUGCAGCCCAAAUUCACCAAUAAGAAUUUCCACCUGUCCACUUUAAUUUGGCAUGUCUUAUAUUAAAUCUAACACCACUUUCCACAUGUCCACUAUCAUUUUUUUUAAUAUUUAUAUUAGCACAGUCAUCUGCUGAAUCUAAUAAACUUUUUAGGACUUGGGGUUUUCAUGAUUCUAUAAGUUUAGUUGGUGGUCUGCUGAUUGCAUAGCAGCUAUCUCUGUCUUCAGGGUUGAAGUGAGGAGAGUCAGGAAGUUGAUGGGAGUAAAGGUUUAGGAGGAGGAUCAGGCUGAGAAGAUUGGCCAGUCAGUCAUGUUACAGGAAAGGGAGACUGAGCUGAGACCAGGCCGACAGAAAAGUACCAAGUUUGUUCUGUAAUAUUUAAACUGUCUUCCAGUUAUUGCAGUUUAUAUUUCCCUGGCACAAUGGAUAAAAAAUGAG